GCACAAUCAGUCAAUUCUAAGACAAAUAUAAUUCAAACAAAACACAAUAGCUCUCGAAACAUAAAACUAAAGUUAGGGUUUUUGACAUUCUGUCAGCCCACUCUCCACAAGCUCACCCAGCACACUCUCAAAGCUUGGUUAGCUAAUGGCCGCUUCUUUAGAAAUUUCAGCAGCUGAGUUUUUACAGGGUUCUUGUAGGCAAAAAUUGUUGUUGCCCAGAUAUUCACCAAAGCAGACUAAUUGUUUGCUUUGGGGAAGUUUUAAGAAUAAAGUUAAACCACUAAGAGUGUGUAAAGAUAGAGUCUUUUCUGUGAGAGCUGUUGUUUCUGGUGAUGUGGGUAGCUCUGUUGUUGAUAAAUUGAGUGAAGUUUCGAGUUCUGUUGGGAAUGUGAUUCAUUUUUUCCGGGUUCCGUUGGUUCAAGAUAGUGCUAAUGAUGAGUUACUUAAGUCGUUUCAGACUAAGGUUUCGAAUCAGAUAGUUGGGUUGAAGACUGAGCAGUGUUUUAAUAUUGGGAUUAGUUCACCGCUGUCAACUGAGAAACUUUCUGUGCUUAGAUGGCUUUUACAGGAGACUUUUGAGCCGGAGAAUUUGGGGACAGAGAGUUUUCUUGAUGAGGUGGAGGAAGGAUUGGGGAGUGUGAUGAUUGAAGUUGGUCCGCGGUUGUCUUUUACCACAGCAUGGUCUGCUAAUGCUGUAUCGAUUUGUCAAGCAUGUGGAUUGACGGAAGUGAAUAGAAUGGAACGGUCGAGGAGGUACUUGUUGUAUGUUAAGGGAGGAAGGGGAACAUUGUCUGAAAGUCAAAUUAAUGAAAUUGCUGCGAUGGUUCAUGAUCGAAUGACAGAAUGUGUUUACACUCAGAGAUUGAGAUCAUUUGAGACGAGUGUACUCCCGGAAGAGGUUCGUUAUAUACCGGUUAUGGAGAAGGGGAGGAAAGCUUUAGAAGAAAUUAAUGUGGAAAUGGGUUUGGCUUUUGAUGAACAAGAUUUGCAGUAUUACACAAAGCUUUUUCAGGACGACAUUAAGCGGAAUCCAUCGAAUGUUGAGUUGUUUGAUAUUGCUCAGUCUAAUAGUGAGCAUAGCAGGCACUGGUUUUUUACUGGAAAAAUUGUCAUAGAUGGUCAGCCCAUGGAUAGUACUCUGAUGCAAAUUGUUAAGAGCACAUUGAAAGCAAACCCAAAUAAUUCUGUCAUCGGUUUCAAGGAUAAUUCAAGUGCAAUUGCUGGGUUUCAAGUGAGUCAUUUGCGACCAGAGCAGCCUGGUUCAACUUGCCCGUUGAGUUCUAUUAGCCGUGUCCUGGAUAUCUUAUUCACAGCCGAGACACACAAUUUCCCAUGUGCAGUGGCACCAUACCCUGGGGCAGAGACAGGUGCAGGGGGUCGAAUUAGGGACACCCAUGCAACUGGAAGUGGUUCAUUUGUAGUUGCUUCUACAUCUGGGUACUGUGUAGGAAACUUGUAUAUUGAGGGAUCUUAUGCUCCUUGGGAAGAUCAGUCGUUCACAUAUCCAUCAAACUUGGCACCGCCCUUGCAGAUACUAAUUGACGCAAGUAAUGGCGCAUCUGAUUACGGAAACAAAUUUGGCGAGCCAAUGAUUCAAGGUUAUUUAAGAACUUUUGGAAUGAGACUCUCAAACGGGGAACGGAGGGAAUGGUUGAAGCCUAUAAUGUUUAGUGCAGGCAUUGGGCAGAUUGAUCAUAGUCAUAUCACCAAGGGAGAGCCUGAUGUGGGAAUGUUGGUUGUGAAGCUUGGUGGACCAGCCUAUCGUAUAGGAAUGGGAGGUGGUGCCGCUUCGAGUAUGGUUAGUGGCCAGAAUGAUGCAGAGCUUGAUUUUAAUGCUGUACAGCGUGGAGAUGCAGAAAUGUCACAAAAAUUGUACCGGGUUGUCCGUGCUUGUAUUGAAAUGGGAGGGAACAAUCCUAUUAUCAGCAUUCAUGACCAGGGUGCAGGUGGAAACUGUAAUGUUGUCAAAGAAAUCAUAUAUCCAAAGGGUGCGGAGAUUGAUAUAAGGGCAAUUGUUGUCGGUGAUCAUACCAUGUCUGUAUUGGAGAUAUGGGGUGCAGAAUAUCAGGAGCAAGAUGCAAUACUGGUGAAGCCUGAAAGCCGCAGUCUAUUGCAGUCAAUUUGUGAAAGAGAAAGGGUCUCUAUGGCUGUUAUUGGUACAAUAAGUGGUGAAGGGCGUGUUGUUUUGGUUGAUAGUGUAGCCGUUGAAAAGUGCCGCUCAAGUGGUCUACCUCCGCCACCCCCUGCUGUGGAUCUUGAGCUUGAAAAAGUAUUGGGUGACAUGCCACAAAAAACUUUUGAGUUCCAUCGCGUUUCUAAUGCACUAGAGCCACUAGAUAUUGCUCCCGGAAUCACAAUAAUGGAUACUCUGAAAAGGAUAUUAAGGCUUCCUUCAGUCGGUUCAAAGCGUUUCUUGACAACUAAAGUUGAUAGGUGUGUAACAGGUCUUGUGGCACAGCAGCAAACAGUCGGUCCUUUACAAAUUACUUUAGCCGAUGUUGCUGUUAUUGCCCAAACAUAUACUGACUUUACUGGUGGCGCUUGCUCUAUAGGGGAGCAGCCAAUUAAAGGUCUUCUGGAUCCCAAGGCCAUGGCACGACUUGCUGUUGGAGAAGCACUGACAAAUCUUGUUUGGGCAAAGGUUACAUCUCUUUCUGAUGUUAAAGCAAGUGGGAACUGGAUGUAUGCUGCGAAAUUAGAUGGUGAAGGAGCAGCUAUGUAUGAUGCUGCCAUUGCUCUUUCAGAAGCUAUGAUUGAACUUGGAAUUGCAAUUGAUGGGGGGAAAGAUAGUCUUUCCAUGGCAGCACAUGUAUCUGGAGAAGUAGUCAAAGCUCCAGGAAAUCUCGUUAUCAGUGCUUAUGUCACUUGUCCUGAUAUAACUAAAACCGUGACUCCAGAUCUGAAGCUGGGAGAUGAUGGUAUACUACUUCAUAUUGAUUUGGCAAAGGGGAAGCGGCGUUUAGGUGGAUCUGCCCUUGCACAGGUCUUUGACCAAGUUGGGGAUGAUUGUCCAGAUCUUGAUGAUGUUUCUUACCUUAAACGUGCUUUUGAAGGAGUACAAGACCUUCUUGAGGAUGAACUGAUCUCUGCUGGUCAUGAUAUCAGUGAUGGAGGGUUGAUUGUCUGUCUCCUUGAGAUGGCAUUUGCUGGGAAUUGUGGUGUGUGCUUGGACUUGGCAUCACAUUCCAAUAGCCUGUUUGAAACAUUUUUUGCAGAAGAGCUUGGUCUUGUUCUUGAGGUUAGCAAGCAUAAUUUGGAUAAGGUUGUGGGCAAGCUAGCUGGUUUUGGCGUUUCUGCUGAUAUCAUCGGACACGUAACUGCAGAACCUGUGGUGGAACUAAUGGUUAAUGGGGCGAGUCAUUUAAGUGAGAAAACCUCUACUCUUCGGGACAUGUGGGAAGAAACUAGUUUCCAGCUGGAAAAGCUCCAAAGGUUGGCUUCUUGCGUGGACUCGGAGAAGGAUGGACUGAAGAAUCGACAAGAACCUUCAUGGUCAUUGUCCUUCACCCCCACAGCUACUGAUGAGAAAUAUAUGACUGCCACUUCAAAACCAAAAGUAGCCGUGAUCCGAGAGGAAGGAAGCAAUGGUGACCGGGAGAUGUCUGCAGCAUUCUAUGCAGCUGGAUUUGAACCAUGGGAUGUUACAAUGUCUGAUCUACUUAAUGGGGCCAUUUCACUUGGUAAAUUUCGUGGGAUUGUGUUUGUUGGAGGUUUUAGCUAUGCAGAUGUGCUUGAUUCAGCUAAAGGAUGGUCAGCUUCUAUACGGUUUAAUCAGCCUCUUUUAAAUCAGUUCCAAGAGUUUUACAAUCGCCCUGAUACAUUUAGUCUUGGAGUAUGCAACGGGUGCCAGCUGAUGGCAUUGUUAGGAUGGGUUCCAGGACCUGAAGUUGGAGGUGUUCAUGGCACAGGUGGAGAUCCAUCACAGCCUAGAUUUGUACACAAUGAGUCUGGGCGAUUUGAAUGCCGGUUUACAAGUGUUAAAAUACAAGACUCGCCUGCUAUAAUGUUGAGAGGAAUGGAGGGCAGCACGCUAGGUGUGUGGGCAGCUCAUGGUGAGGGACGAGCAUAUUUCCCUGAUAAUGGUGUUCAGGAAAGUGUGCUUAACUCAAAAUUGGCUCCUGUAAGAUAUUGCGAUGAUCAAGGAAAUACAACCGAAGUAUAUCCUUUUAAUCUUAAUGGAUCUCCCUUGGGUGUGGCGGCUAUUUGUUCGCCAGAUGGGAGGCAUCUUGCUAUGAUGCCUCAUCCAGAGCGUUGCUUCUUGAUGUGGCAGUUUCCAUGGUAUCCUAAGCAUUGGGAUGUUAAGAAGAAAGGUCCUAGUCCAUGGUUGCAAAUGUUCCAGAAUGCCAGAGCAUGGUGUUUGCAGGAGGGAAGCUAGCUGCUCCACGAGGCAUCGACAUUUCUGUUCUUGAGACCCAGCUUUUUGGAGUUUGUGAGAUUUCUUAGUUAUGCAUUUGAUGGGUUGAAUUAGGCAACAAGUACUUUCUUCCUAUAUUCCCCUGAAAAUACAGAUACAGAGAUGAAACCUCUGUUUCAGAGGAGGCAAAACUUUUGAUAGUUCCUGUAGGGUCUGAUAAUAUUAUGUUGUAUCAAUCUCUUUGGUGAAAUGCAUUAUUGCUGAGAAAAGUUCAAUCUUAAUAAGAAAAAGUUGUUUCUUUAUUA